AUGGUUAGUUUGAACCUGCGUGUAUUCCUCUUCGAAGCCAUACCUCUGCUUGCACCACUAUUCUGGCCGACCCUCGAGCACACCUCUCCAGAUAUUAGCGUCUCCAUACCUCUGUCUCCUCCUUCCAAUGCGCCGACACUCUCCAGAUCCCUCCUCUCCUUCUCGAUUGAGCAGGAUCGUUGGGUUGAUUGGAUAGGACCGGGCUCAAGAAACGAAUUCUUCUUCAAUGUGCUGAGUAAUCUGAAAGAUCUGUCUGGAGAGGCGACGAGGUUGCGGAUAGGAGCGGACUCGGAGGAUGUGACGAACUUCAACUCCGCCGUGAAGCUCUCGGACGCAAUUUUUCCGCCUGCGACCGCAACAGACCCUUACCCGGAAGCUUUGAAUGUGAUCGUUGGAAAUGGGUACUAUCAACUUGCCUCUUUACUGCCUUCAGGCGAGCCUCCUGCCUUGCUAUCCACGUUCUUCUCAUUCUCCUCGUCCGCUGUUCAAAAUGCAGGGGUCAUGUUGCAAGCAAUUGAGAUUGGGAACGAGCCGGACCGAUAUAAAAGGCCGGAGUGGACUGUCGAGGACUACGUCAAAAAAUGGACUUUGUUUGCAACAAACGUAUCAGCUACUAUCGCUGCGGUGUCCAAGUCAAACGUACCUUUACUCGGGGCAGCUUUUUCACAGUCUACGCAUAACACGACUGGCUUUUCUCCGCAAAGUAUCUUCGAGCUGGGCAUCCUCAAUACAGAACCUGGAUCUCAAAUCUCAUCAAUCUCUCAGCAUCAUUACAUCUGCGCGUGCCCACAAGGUGUCCUCCAAGAUGUGAUGUCAAAGCCCGCUAUCCGGGGCAAUCUUUCUCAGUAUUCCCCCGAUAUUGCAGCCGUACAUGCCAAAGGCCUUACAUACAUCUUGGGCGAGACCAACAGCUAUCCAUAUGCCGGGGCUCCCCACGUCAGCGAUACUGCAGGUGCAGCGCUUUGGGCACUGGACUACACACUGUUUGCAUCCCAGUUGGGGAUCGAGAGGAUUUAUUUCCACGAGGGCAUCGGAUUUAAGCACAAUUUUAUACAACCGAUGACCCUUCGUCGCUCCAUCUAUGACGGAAGCGCACUUCCCCAACCACUCGCACCACACAUUCAACCUCAAUAUUAUGCCGCAAUCAUAAUCGCCGAAGCCAUUGGCCCCUCGAACGCCACUCAAGCCAUAGAGCUUGACAUCAGCAACUCCCAAGUUUCUGGUUACGCGUUCUUCGAUAACGGGCAUCUCAAGCGCGCGGUUCUCAUGAAUCUGAAUGUGUUUGUUGGGAAUACAGCUAGGGGAUCGGUGCACGUCGUUCCAAGUAUUGUAGGGUAUGGUUGGAUGGCGCCGACGACAAUGACGAUCAAAAGGUUGACGAUUCCGUUUGCAAACUCCACGUCAGGCGUGACCUGGGGCGGGCAAACGUACGAGACGUUUGAUGGGAAGGUACAGAGGGAUUUGGUCGUCCAGACUGUGCCGAUUAGUCACGGUGUGGAUAUUCACGAUACGGAAGCCAUCAUGCUCAUUUUUUCAUGA